AUGGCCGGAACCAUUGUUCCGUGGGAUGGUCGAGACCAGGAGGAGCAAAGCGAGAUCCUUUUCAAUGCCCCCUUGCGCACCAAGAAUCGGCAGCUUGAAGAUGAGAAUAUGCAUUUGAAGCGGCUUCUGAGAGAGCAUGGAAUCCCUUGGUCCGACUCUGUUGGCUCCCACCACGUCUUCCAGUCCAGCGCCUUACAUUCUACCUCAGGACGCCGACGAAGUUCUCGCCUCUCUGCCGCUGGCCAACACCGCUUUCCUCACCUACCCGUAGAGGUCAUCCUCAGGAUUCUCCAUUACGCGCUGGUUGCAGACGGUCCCAUUAUCGACCCCCUGUCCAAGCCGAACUCUGAGGUUCUGACAUCCGGCGAGGCCAAACGCGGACCUCAAAUCGCCAUAGGCUUUCUUGCUACAUGCAAGGCAUAUCACGUGGAUGGUAAAAGAAUCUUGUGGUCAAAAAACAAGUUCUCUUUCACAAGCCCAGCGGCUCUGCGCAAGUUUAGCGAGCUUGACUUCGAAUUGCGCAAGGGUAUUGAGUCCAUAACUUUGCGAAUCGUUGCGCGUUACUAUGACGAUGAGAAGCGCCGUCAUAGGCUGAGCCAAGACUACCACCCGGAGCUCACUAAAUCCCAGAACCUCAAAGUCAUACCACGAGUCAAAGAUGAGAGCAGCAUGGCGCGAAAAGGCUUCCACUGCUAUGCCUGGACUCAGACUGUCGACUUCUUGGACGCUCUACGCCCUCCAUUCGACCCGCAUCACGCCCAAGGCAACCGACCUCGGCUCUUACCCGGACUCUUAUCCAUGCGGAUGGAUUUUGUCAAUUUUCCAGAUUACUUUCUGCCCUUCCCAGAGGUGGAUCUCCAUGAGAUCGCAGCCCACGACUUUGGCUGUACCUUGAACGAGCUGAUGGUCACCGGACUGCCUUGCUGCGAGGUUGGCGUCAAGGCUGGUGCUGAUCUACAGGGAAUGGUGAAAGAUGACGGUCUAUUUUUGUGUCACGCCCCUUCCUAUGUACAACAGAAGAAGUAUUUGAAGCCGCUCUGCGGCUACGAAGGUCUCUCAAGGGUUGUUCGAGCUUGGCGGAAACUAGCCAGGGAGCGCCAGGAAGCUGCAGGCCAAGUUACGAUGGCUAACGUCCCUUCAGUACCUGAGGAGCAGGGACAUCCCAAGUCGGUUUGGAAGAAGAGAAAGACCAUCUGGAAGCGAGUUCCCAUCGAGCGAGACUCAGAGGAGAGGGAUUGGGUCGAGUUUGACCGUAAUACCGGAGAGCCUGUUGAUGAGGUGUUGGAUGACUAUGACAGCGACGAUAGCGAUGCUAUAUGUCCCAACUGUGGAGUGGUUCACGGUCACUACGACUACUGGGGAUCCGACUCCGAUUGA